UAUUUAAUGCUUUAAUGCUUAUUUAAGCUUUAGUAGUUGAAGAUUGAUAAAGUGACUGGCAGUAAAUCGCCAGUUGUAAGGUAACUUUGACUUUGAGUGCUCAGUUGAUUCAGACUAGAGAGAAGACUAGGAGGUUGGUGUGAAAUGGCAGAUAGUCUGCUGGAAGGGAGCCGCCAUUCAGACAGGACGGACAGGAGUGUCCAGAGGCAGACAAAUGGCCACUGUUAAAGCCGAUACCAGGAAAAGUCAGAUGGGGUUUUCAUCAAACCUUCAGGGCAAGGCUGCUCACGAAGCUUUGCUCUGUCGGCAAGAUGCAGAGCUUCGUCUGUUGGAUACUAUGCGGCGUUGCCUAGCAAACAAAGUGAAGUGUGAUCGUGAAUAUGCUGUCGCUAUUACUUCUGUAGCACUGCAAGGACAGAAGCUGGAUCGGGCUGAGGAUUUGGUGGGAAGUUUAGUAGCUCAGGCAUGGAAGAACAUGCUGGAAGAACUGGAGAACACUGCAAAACUAAUCAAACAGAAUGCAGACUCGGUGGAGAGCAAGAGCCUGGAUAAACUGAAUUCUCUUUAUGCAGAGAAGCGAAGAGCCAGGAAGCAGUAUCAGGAAGAGCAUAAUAGAAUUGCUGCUCAAUUCACUCAUUUGACCGAUGAUGUAGCCCGUAAGAAGACAGAGUAUCAGAAAUAUCUGGAAUUGUACAAGCUUAUGCGAUCAAGGUUUGAGGAGCAUUAUGUUAAAUCUGGUAGAGGAGGACGUAAGCUGGAUGAAGUGCGAGAUAAAUACCAGAAAGCAUGUCGCAAACUACACCUGACACACAAUGAAUAUGUACUGCUAUUGUGUGAGGCAGCUGAAUAUGAGCGGGACUUCCGUACAGUGCUUCUUCCAGGUCUGCUUGACUAUCAGCAAGCUGUUCAGGAGGCCUUUGUUCUUUCUUGGAAAACAGUUCUUGAAGAAGUUGCACAGUACACAAGUCUGUGUUCUGAAAAGUUCCGUGAGGUGCAGAACAGGGUGGAAGCUAGUCUAGAAGCCAUUCGACCAAACCAAGAGUAUAAGGACUUCACAGAAAAGCACAAAACAACUCCAACUUCACCAGUGCCAUUCACAUUUGACAACAGCCUAGUUGAGGACACAUCAGGGAAGUUGUUACCAAGCCAGCUGACAGUGGACAACCUUACUAUAGAGUGGUUGAGAGCGAAAUUAGCAGAGCUUGAGUCCGCUGUGAAGGAGGUGCAAGAGAAACAGGCCAGUCAUACUUCACAUGUUGACCUUGCUAACAACAAGAAUUCUCAUAUAGAUAUGCUCAUGAGGGUGGAUCCUGGAAGGAGGGAAUUGGAAGAACUGCGGUGCCGGGAGAGAGAAAUGCAGCGUCAGUUGGAGGUAAUCAAGAGUGCCCUCAAUGAACUUGGCUGUGAAGAAGUGCCAUCAGGUUGUGACCUAUCUAUAGACUCAUCCUUUGUGGAUAACCAUACCAAUAUGGGCACACCAAACACAGAGCAGCAACAGGGUGGUGAACGGUCCUCCUCAACAUUGACUUUGAAAAAACUGCAUCAACAGCGCUUUGUAGAAAUCUUUCGCAAACCAUUUCGCAGAGUAUCUGCUCCUUCCUCCCCCAUUCUACCCCCUCGCAGUGAAGGGGAGGGACGGGAGGAGGAGAAAGACACUUCCCAGACUACUGAUGAUGAGAAAGUAUGUGGUGGUGGUGCUGAUGAUAUUGAUGAUGAUUAUGAUGAUCAUGGUGAUGCUGAAAUAACACUCAUCCCUACUACACCUGAUUCCCAUAGCACAAGUAACAGCUCGUCUAUUGACGGUGGCUACGCUGUGAUGUCACUGACUCCUCAUCGUCCACUCGUGGACGAAGAAUGGUUUCAUGGCGUUUUGCCCCGUGAAGAAGUGGUGAGGUUGUUGACACGUGAAGGAGACUUCCUUGUGAGGGAAACAACCAGAAAUGACGAGUGCCAGACUGUUUUAUCAGUGUGCUGGGGUGGGCACAAGCAUUUCAUUGUACAGACUACUGCAGAGGGUCAUUUCCGGUUUGAAGGACCAGCAUUCCCAACAGUACAGGAACUUAUCCUGCAUCAGUAUCAGAGCAGUCUACCUGUUACUGGAAGGUCUGGUGCUGUGUUGAGGAAACCCAUCCUAAGAGAACGUUGGGAACUCAACAACGAUGAUGUUGUUCUACUGGAUAAAAUUGGGCGGGGAAACUUUGGAGAUGUAUACAAAGCACAUCUCAAGACAAGCAAGAAGGAAGUUGCUGUGAAAACAUGUCGCAUGACUCUACCAGAUGAACACAAGAAGAAGUUUCUGCAAGAGGGGCGGAUACUAAAGCAAUAUGACCACCCAAACAUAGUAAAACUUAUUGGUAUUUGUGUCCAGAAACAGCCCAUCAUGAUAGUAAUGGAGCUGGUGCCAGGAGGUUCCUUGCUCACAUUUCUGCGGAACCGUGCUGGAAGUUUAACGCAGAAACAACUGCUGGGAAUGUGUCGAGAUGCAGGUGCUGGAAUGCGCUAUCUUGAGUCAAAGAACUGUAUCCACCGAGACUUAGCUGCUCGAAAUUGUCUAGUCGGUUAUGAAAACAGUGUGAAGAUAUCAGAUUUUGGAAUGUCACGAGAAGAAGAGGAAUACAUAGUAUCAGAUGGCAUGAAACAGAUUCCCAUUAAAUGGACAGCCCCUGAAGCAUUAAAUUUUGGCAAAUAUACAUCCCUGUGUGAUGUGUGGAGCUAUGGGGUGCUGGCAUGGGAGAUAUUCUCACAUGGAGGGACACCAUACAAUGGACUUAGUAACUCCAAAGCUAGAGAAAAAAUAGACUCUGGUUACCGGAUGCCUGCACCAGAAGGCACACCAGAUGAAAUGUAUCAUCUCAUGUUGAGGUGCUGGGAAUAUGAACCAGAAAAUCGUCCACAUUUCGACCAAAUCUAUUUAGUGGUGGACACACUUUAUGGUACCCAUAGAUAGUACUAAUUCUGCAAACCCACCAGCCUGUCUUCUCUUCCAAUACUUUGGAUCCUUUUUUUUUUAGAUUCACAACAGAAAUUUUUAAUUCUUUAUUAAGUGUGUUGUGCAGAAAGAGCAUACUUAAUUUCAUGCAGUAUUUCUGUGUGACAUCUCCUAUGUCAUACAUAGAAAAUGCCUUCCAAACCAAUAUUACAUAUUCAUUUAUUUGCAUGAACAAGAGAAAUUUGCAAAAUCCAGAAAUACUUGCCCAUACUUAGAAAUACUGCUCAAAAGUUAAAACUUUGUGAAAAGAUAAAGGUUAUACAGAGACAGUCACUUUUGUUUCUAACUUAGCAGUAGUACUUUUUGCAUAAUAUGUCAUGGAUCGUGCAAAAUUGAACUUCUUGGAGACUAUGUGUUAUCUCAGGUUGAAUACAGUGUGUGUUGAAGCACAUAAUAGGAUGCAUAAUUAUUAUUAUUAGAUGGUUAACAGAAUUAUCCAUUUCUGUUUGAUAUCUUGUGGCAUUGUUAUAAAGUUCAGUGUAUGGGUGCCUUUUCUGCAGGCACACAUUUUGUCUUUAGUGUGGAAGUCCCUUAUUGAAAUACAGAACAGAACAUGCAGCUGAGCUGUAUCAGUUAGGACCUCUACAUUAUUUGACAAUCUGAGUGAAUAUUUUUUGAUUAUGUAUUUUGUUAAAUACUCACCAAAUGGAAAGCUAUUUCAAAUGAGGAAAUAACAGUUGUAAUGACUUUAAUAUUUUGCUUUACAUAUUUAUUUUGUACACAAGAAGGCAUUUUUAUAGAUAUUUGAUAAUAUUUUAAUGAGCAUGAAGAAUGAGUGUAUGAAAUAUAUGAAACGUACAUCUUCCAUCUUGCCCCAUGUGCCCAUAUUUCUGUUUUGCAUGUUAGCUGUGCAAGAACUGUGACUAGAUGCAGGAAAUUAGCAACUUCAUCUAAAAUAAUAUUCCAUACUCUUAAAAUUUAAAAUCACCAUUAUUACAUUAAAAAAAUAGUUCCAUUGAUUCAGUAGAAAGCUCAGUGUUUACAUCUGUUAGUGUGCACAUUAAUUGAAAAUAAUAUUACUUGUAAUAUUGUAUUUCAGCAUCCCAUUGUAUUGAGGCAUCAUUCUACUUUUUACUAAGGUAUCCAUCAGUAAUACAACUUUAAAAAGACAUUAGGAAUAUGUUGUUCAUUAAAAAUGCAUUUUAAUACUAUGACAGUUCAAAUCAAUAAAAUGCCCAUAGGCCUUUACCUAGUACAUAUAUUUACACAUGAAUGUGUAAUGUACAAGUGAAUGUUCACUUGUAAAGAGGCCUACAGGCAUUUUAUUGAUUUGAACUGUCAUAGUAUUAAAAUGCAUUUUUAGUGAACAGCAUAUUCCUAAAGUCUUUUUAAAGUUGUAUUAUUGAUGGAUACAUUAGUAAAAAAUGGAAUAUUACUCAUAGUUUAAAUUGUAAAAUACUGAAGAUAUUGUUGUCCCUGUGUGUAAGCAUAAUCCCAUGAACUUGUGUGAGGAAGUGGAGGAAUAUUUUCACACAUUUUUAACCUCAGCACUAGAUGCAAGAGGGGGUACAUGGUUGCAUAGUUGGUUGAGGUACUAUGCUACAAGCUGGA